AUGGAUCUCGAUAAGGACAAGUCUGUUGACAGUGUUCAUGUCGAGGCUACUCCGGCCACACUGGAGCCCACCGGUAUCAAGAAGCCCGACUACCCGGAUCAAGCCAUGGCACAUGAUAUGAGCCUGAGGGAAGCUCUUACAAACUACCGAAAGGCCAUGCUAUACUGUCUGUUCUUUUGCUUCUCUGCUAUCCUCUGGGGAUACGACAUGCAAGUAAGUGGAGGUCUUCUUGCUGCCCCCGAGUUCCGCGCUGUGUUUGGAUAUACCCAACCGGAUGGCACGACAAUUCUGCCUGCGAGAUGGCAAGCAGCUUUCAACAUGGUUGCGACAGUUGGUGGAAUGAUAGGCAGUCUGCUUUGUGGACCUAUCUCUCCCUACGCAGGCCGAAAGAUGAGCUUGACGAUCGCCUGCGUCAUCUCCACCGGCUCCAUCUUCUUGCAGUUCUUUGCAUUUACUCGGGGCGUGCUUCUCGCUGGAAAGCUGCUGAACGGUAUCUCGCUCGGCAUGUUCCUUGUCACGGCUUGUGCCUACUGUUCGGAAGCAUGCCCCGUCGUGCUACGUGGAAUCACCAUUGCCAUGGUUAAUCUGUUUGUUGUUAUCGGCCAGCUCCUCGGGAACUGUUUGAUCAAGGCAUUUGGUGCGCGAACAGACAAUUUUGCGUACAGGAUCCCCUUUGCUUUCCAGUGGUUCUUCCCAGCAGUUCUCCUCUGUGGAGUAUGGUUCUGCCCCGAGUCCCCUUAUUGGUAUGUUCAAAGGGGUAGGCAUGCUGAAGCCAAACGUUCUCUCGCGCGAUUCCAGACUAGUGGAAGCGUUGAUUCCUGGCUUGUGGAGAUCCAAGAAACGGUUCGCAUGGAGGAGGAAUCGGCGAAUUCCGCCGGUUAUCUGGAUUGUUUCCGAGGAACUGAUCUCCGUCGCACUAUGAUUGUCAUCGCUGUUUGGACCAUCAACUCCUUCAGUGGUGUUAACUUUGUGCUCAGUUAUUCCACCUACUUCUUCCAAAUCGCCGGUCUCCCUACAUCCCGAUCCUUCGACAUGGGCGUUGGCGUAACUGCAGUGGGUGUUGUCGGAAACAUCUGUUCAUGGUUCGUCAUCAACACCAUCGGCCGCAGAGUCCUCUUCCCCGGCAUGGUAGUUCUCACUGUGAUCGUAUUCAUCAUCGGCAUCCUUGACGUUGUACCGAACUAUAACUCGUCUAUUGCAUGGGGACAGUGUGUUUUGAUCGUGAUCUGGAAUUUCUUCUACGAUCUUACUCUCGGGCCUCUUGGGUACGUCAUUUGCGGAGAGAUGUCAUCCACCAGGUUACGUUCAUAUGGCGUGAGCAUUGGCUUCUUCACGCAGAAUUUCUGGACCCUCAUCAUGACCAUCACCGUGCCUUACAUGAUCAAUCCCGACGAAGGUGAUCUUCGCGGCAAGACUGGAUUCAUCUUCUUUGGCUUCUCUAUCAUUGCGUCUAUCUGGACUUACUUCUGCUUGCCGGAGACUAAAGGUAGAACCUUUGAGGAGUUGGAUCAUAUGUUUGAGCAGAAGGUCCCCGCGCGAAAAUUCGCCGAUUAUGAUACAAGACCAUUUUUUGCAUAG